ACAGUACUGAAUUGUGAUAGCACUUGUAUCAGCAAAAUGUUCAAGAAAUUCCUUUGUUUGUGUCUGUUAAUUGGCGCUUUCGCCGUGUUCAACGAAUUGCCCAGCGCUAGUGCAUUACCACAGGAAGCUGAAAAUAAAGAGCCAGAUUCGACAGAGGAACCUGUAGAUGAAGAAGUUGAUGAGGAGGAGGAGGAGGAGCCACAAGCACUGGUCUUACCUGCAGAAGAAGACUUAGAAGAUGAUCUUAUCUCAGAUGAAGAGUCAGAUGAAGCAGAGACUGAUUCACCGGCAUCAUCGGAAUAAUGGAGCCACUUAACGGACAAAGUAGUUAUAUGAAAAGUGGAUCUUGAAGUUUAUAAGUAGUGAUGCUUUAUAUAUCUUAAAAAUAAGUAAAAUUUGGGAAAGGAAAUUUCUUCAUAAAACUGAAAAGCUUGACCCAAAUACAUGACAAUAAAACCCGCUCAAA